AUGGUAACGAACGAGUCGGCCAGUCACGACCUGUGUGCUGCAGGCCUUCAGCGCAAAUUCUUUGUUAAGGUGAACAAUCUUAAGACACAGUUAACAGUUACAGUAUCAGACUGGGCAGUGGUCUGUUGUACCUUCUACUGUAGCAUGACCGCAAUGUUCACUGACAGCCUGACUCAAGUUCAUCCUUUUGCUGAAAAUAACUUCAAUCAAAUCCACGCUAAUUUUAAAAAUUCAAUCGCCAAUAUGAAGCAACACCUGGAUAAUAUUCUACAAAUGGAUAAUAGUUCUCGGAUUCUUCUGUUAUGCCAGGAUAAAUUCCAGCAGCAAGAAAAUUGUAAAUACAUCAAAUCAUAUUUGAGAAAUAUCAUUGAAUCUUUAGGUGUACAUUCGUCAGCAAGCGAUACCGAUUAUAUACCUUACCUUGAGAUAAUUGCAAGAAGUGCCAAUUUAAAAUUUGUUCACCAUGGGGACAAUUGCUUCAUUUCUUCGGAUAUGUUUUACGUCGAGAUAACUUUGAAAAAUCAUAAAGAGGUAACAGAAGUUAAAGUUGUUCAUGGAGAAGAUCCUAAAGUUACUCCCGUUAUGACCGAUCUACUUAGGAAACGCCAAUUUCAGGAAUUCAAGAAGCAUUUACUAGGCUUAUCAAGCCUCUACCAACUAUUUGGUACAAGUACUGAAAAAAGUUUGGCAUUUAUGGCUUUACAAGCAGUGGAAACUGAUCUGUCAACAUUAGCUGCAUAUCAAAAUUUAUCAGGCCAAAAUAAUCCAAUGGAAAUUAUUAACAAAGGCUAUGUCGGCCAUGUAACUGAAAGAGAAGGAGGUCUACCUAUGAAGCUUACCUUCUAUAUUUCUCCAAAAGAUAUGUUCGAUAAUAACACUAGCGAAAAAAUUAAUUUAGAAGAUGCAAUUAUCAAAGGUAGAGCAAUCGGAUUUUCAGCUUCCGUUUUAAUCGAACAAGGGAAAAAGUGUUUAUUACCAAAGCUGCCUGUAGUUGUUCUACCAACUCAGGUUACUGACGUACCAAGUUACAAAAAAUUAUGUAACGAAAACAGUGCAGAAUUACCUGCGAGUUUUGUUUUAGUCUUUGAUGACUUUAUUCCUGUGGAUGCGAGUAUAAUGGCAAAAAUCUAUAAGAUUGUGAAAGGACAAGACAAAGUCUAUAUAAAUUCGUCCUCGGCUACCAUUGAAGAUUUACUUGCAUCAAACUUUCGUGAGGAAAAAGCAAAAAAUGGCUUUCAUCGGAAUCGAAACUCCUCUUUUGUUGUUAAAUUACCGGAUCAGAAGCAGAAGUAUGUUUUCUGUAAAUCGUUGGAUUCAGUACCAUUGGGAACAUUAAACGUCAAAAGAAUCCCUUUUUUAAAUCCUCAACAAGUUCCGCGUAUUAUUACGCUAUUAAGACAACAGAUAGUUUUCAACGAAUUAAUUAGCAGUUGCGUAUGUGGACAGCCGAACGAUCUCAGAGAUGAUGAAGUAGGAAUUACAACAUUUGAAGUCAUUACUUUCCCGCCCAAUUUGUUAUGUUUAACUUUUCAGCAUCCGUUAAGUGAUUUUCUCAUGUCUGUGUAUGUUGUAAUCUGUCUAUUAUGUUUAUACGAAAUAUGGACUAAUGGGAGGCUACCACAAUUUGCUUUGCUAUGCUUUAGUUGCUUAAGCAUACCAGUUACGCUAAGGGCGAUAUUACGUAAAUCCGUCAGUUAUUCGGCGAAUCAGCAGGGAGACAGUCACGAUAUUGCGAUUCCAAGUUCAGCUGGAAGCACCGAUGCAGAAAACCAAGUUAUGCAAUUUUCUAAUAUUCUUUCACCAACUACUAGUUUAUCAAUGAAGUUAACCGAUGCUGUUGAACAAAAUCCUACUAAACGUAAACGUAAUGAUAGUGAAAUUGAAGAAGCGAAUGUAAACGAUUUCGGACAAGAAUCGGCUGUACGCGUAGUUGAGGCUGGUACAGGCUCAGUAACAGAAACAAAGUCUGCUAGUAAUGAUAAUAAUGAAAUUGAAACACCACCUGCCAAGGUGUUUAUUGAAGAUACUGAUGUCAUGGAAUCUCCAAUUGUUGGAGAGACUGAAUAUAGUAAAAUGUCAGAAAUGAAUGAUAAACCUGAAGAUGAAAAUAAUCAUGAACCUGAACCAGUAGUUGAAAAUAUUGUGACAUCGGCUAUUGAAGAGCCUGCUGAUGCUAGAGUGGUAUCUGAGUUAGAAGCUUUUGUUCAUAACACUGUACAUGAUUCUCCUUCGACGUUGUCGAAAGACCCAGCGACUUAUCUUCAAACAGUCGAUUUGAGUAAUACUACAGCUGAAAGUAAUUCUGAGCCCAUUAAUGACGUGUCAAUUCCGGAAAGCGAUCGUGAUGAAAUAGAUCGCUUGCCCAAUCCUGCAAGUAUUGGUGAGAUGGAUAGCGAUGGCAAUAUAAUGAUAACAUCUAUUGAUGAAGUUAUUACUGGAUCUAUACCCUCUGUUGAAGAUAGUAUGGUUGCAACUAGUGAUCCUGGAAUGGAAGGGGCAGAUCUAUUAAGUGCCAUAUCUGAUCUUGCUGGGAGUGGUUCCGUCAAUUUGGAGAAAAGUGACGAUCCAUCUAGUUUGCCCAGUAUCAAUGACCCUACGAUUAGUAAAUUGUUAGGUUUAUCUCGAGAGGAUGAAACUGAACUUGAUGAAGAAAUGAUUGCUGGAGCUGAGCAAAAUCUUUUAGGGCUUGCGAGUUAUAAUUCUCCGGAAAUGGAUGAUAGCUUUGCUCAGAUAGGUUCGAUAAUUGGUGAGCCAGAUAAGGAAUUAGAAGAGGAAGAAAAUAACUAA